CUGUUAUAAUAGUUAAUACUUGAUAAUAUCCGUCACCCGUUAAAACGAAAAAGUGCGUACGUAUUUAUUUUUCAUUUCUUUUUACAAUGUUCGUUUAAGACUGAGCAUUUUAAUACACCCGCUGACGAAUUGUGUUAUAGAGUAUUGAAAAAUCGUUUGUCUGUCAAAAUCCGUUACUCAUGCAUUCUUUACUAUCUCGGGGCAAUUCGGUGCUGGCGUACACGCUGAGUGUACUAGUUACUCUCACGUUCGCAUGUUUCCUUUCCACCAUAUUGGUUGACUACCGUACCGGCACUGAGAUGCAGACGCUCAAAAUCGAAGUGAAAAACUUACCAGAGUAUGGUGUAUCCAAAAAGAUCAAUGACUUGGGUCAUAUAACAUUCAAUCUCGAUGCAGAUCUCACUAGCUUAUUCAAUUGGAACGUUAAACAAUUGUUUGUGUACAUGACUGCAGAAUAUGAGACACCUACAAAUGCUUUAAAUCAAGUAGUUUUAUGGGACAAAAUUAUUUUGAGAGGUGAAAAUUCCAACUUGCGCCUUAAAAAUAUGCGAACAAAAUAUUAUUUUUGGGACGAUGGUAAUGGUUUAAGAGGAAAUAAAAAUGUGACUCUUACCUUGUCCUACAACAUCAUACCAAAUGUGGGUCGACUGCCAAUUGUAGGUGCCAUCGGAUCUCAUACAUUUAGUUUUCCUUCACAAUAUACACGAUGAUGACACAAUAUUGUUCCUUGAUUUGAAUAUAUGAAUAUAAUAUUUAUGUUAUAUGUUAAUAUAUGUUUUUUUCUUCAAAA